GUUGUACAGUACUGUGUUAUUUUCGCGAUGGGUAAUUCAGAAAGAAAUUCUGUUAUCAUCAACGAAACAUCAAAAUUGGUAAAUGAUUUUGCCUCGCUGUAUCUGAGCGAAAAACUUUCCAAUAUCACUUUACUUGUGGACAAUAAAAGGAUUUUUGCACAUAAGGUUAUUCUCGCAGCAAGGAGUUCCUACUUUGAGAACCUCCUUUACGAAGAUGGACAAGAAAUAGAACAGACCGAACUUACAAUCUCUCUAAAUACUUCAGCCGACUCCUUCCUGGCCGUUCUCAAAUUUCUCUACACAGGUACUAUCACUAUAACACCUUCAAACUUGGACCCCACUCUGGAUCUUAUUGGUUUAGCCCACCAAUGCGCCCUUACCGAUCUAGAAGUCGCCAUAGGGCAGAAAAUAAAGCCUCUGCUCAAUCACAAAAAUAUUUGCUCUGUUUUGAACACCGCAAAUUUGUACAACUUGGUUGAACUUCGUGACGCUUGUCACGUUUUCAUGGAUCAACAUGCUUCAGAAAUCCUCAACAAUGACUGUUUCAAGCAUUUAAGCCAAAACUCCUUGAUUAAAUUGUUAGAAAGAGACACGUUUUUUGCUCCCGAAAUAGAAAUUUUUGAAAAAGUAGCCCAAUGGUGUCAAGUUAACGUCCACGCUGCUGAUUUGGUGGUGAAAUGUGUUCGGUUAUCUUGGUUGAGUGUUGUAGAAAUUGUGUCUAAAGUUUGGCCUUCGAAGCUUGUCAGUUGUGAAGAUUUGUUGCAAGCUAUUGCGGAAAUUGUCGAUGUAAAACCGAAUGAGACGAAUUGCAGGGGAAAAUCAUUCCCGGGCGUUAAUGUUGCUACUCCUGAACAUAAAGCAACUGUGAUUACCGGCCGAAGAACCGAGCAUUUGUUAAAUGGCAACCGAAAUGUGAACAACUGGACGGAGACAAUGAUUGGUGAUAAAACUGGAUUGACUAUUAAAUUUGGGUUUCCGUUUGUUAUUAAUCACAUUCGUAUGUGUUUAUAUGAUGGAGAUUUAAGAACUUACCGGUAUUAUGUGGAAGUUUCAGUCGAUCAGAAGAAAUGGAAAAAAGUUAUAGAUUAUAGUGAACUUGGUUGUCGAUCUUACCAGGAUUUAUAUUUUGAAAAAAAAGUUGUACAGUAUGUGAAAAUAAUUGGCACUUUAAAUUCAGCAAACACGGCCUUCCAUUUAAUAUUCUUCGAAGCGUAUUACAAGGAAAACAUACCAAGAAUCGUAAAUGGCAUUGUCUUUCCCACCUCAAACGUGGCCACCGUGGAAAAAAAAGCAGUUGUUGUUGAAGGCACCAAUGGAGGUGCAUUACUUGACGGGGUUACUACUAACUAUGGUAGUUUCACGUACCACGUAAUUGGGGCUGGAAGUAUAAUUGUACAAUUAGCUCAACCCUUCAUGCUGUCAAGCAUGAAGCUUAAAUUGUGGGACCAAGACGAUAGAUUUUACAAAUAUUAUGUCGAAACUUCGGUAAAUAAGUCUGAAUGGACAAUCGUCGCAGAUCACAGAAAUGAAGAAAAUAAAUCUUGGCAAGUCUUACGUUUCUCUGAGAGACCUGUAUCUUUCAUCAGAAUUACCGGAACUGGAUGUUCUGCAGCUGCUGCAAACCAAUUUCAUUUACUACACUUCGAAUGUCUUACCACCGAAGAAAAGAAAACGUAUAAAUAAUAUUUAUAGGUUAUCCUCAAGAACACUCAUUUCGAACGCAACGGCCAUUUUUGAAUGUUAACUACUUAAAUAACAUAAAUAAUAAAAAAAUGUAUUCUGUGUUUAG